AUGAAGUUAUUGAAAGUGGAGGAGUACAUCAAGCGGACAGCCUCUGUAAAAGAGACGGAGCUUUUACUUCAUGAACUAGAGAGCUAUGUGAAGAGUCAGCCUGGGCUUCAGGGUCGUACACUGUGUGACAGGAUCAUCAGAGCCUGUAACCAUCAUCUUGGAGUUGGAUCCCCUGACUUUGACCAUAUAAGUCAGUUGGUAAAGCUGGUGGAGCUUUCCAUUCAUGGCUAUGACAUUUCUGCACCAUGUGUUGCCCAGAGCAGUCCACUGUACAUGGAAAAGAUAAUUUUCCAUAUUGUCAAGAAGCUGAGCUCUCUGGAAGCUCACAAUCUAUGCAGCCAUGUAGCUGGAGUACUUUAUAGCAGGCUUACCCCAGCACAACAGGCUGAGGACUACUAUGUUCUUGUGCGGAGCUGCUUCUCAGUCCUCUGGAAUGGACUCUCUGCUGCCAAAGACAGGAAGAUUCUGAAUCCUCGGGACAAACUUCACUGCCAGAUUCAAGCUCUGAGUUUCCUCCUGCUGUUAGAAACAGAAAGCGCAACUCCCUCCUUCUCCAAAGCCCCCAUAUACACAGAGGAUGCCAUUGCUGAAUUUCGGAGGAGCUGUGAAGCUCUUACAAAGGAGGAUGCUUCCUUUAUUUUUCAGGAAAUACACACACUUUUCUACAGAUGUUGGAUGGGCGGUCAAGGCUGUGAGGGGGACAAGUCCAAGCAGCCUAGUAAAACAUCAGGUUUACACACGCUUUCUGAAAUGGUGCUCAUUAUAGUUAAGGUGCUUUGUAAGUCCAGCCAUUUCGAUCUGGCCUCCACCUUUCUGAAUGAAAUUGAGAAUAAGGUUAGGGACUGUGCUGAUUCUCAGUGCACAGCUCUGGUCCUUGGGAAAUGGGCAGUAAAAAUUCAUUCUACAAUGAAAUCUGGAGAGGAGAGUGGCCAGGCUUUGACAGAGUGUGCCAGGGCCUUGAGGUCUCUCUCAGCUGACCCAGGGGACAGAGAAGCUCAUGCAGUUAUGGAAGGGUGCGGACUGGUAGUGUGGGCUGUCGAAAGUGGCCAUAGCAAGGCACUGAGCGGACCUGUGCUCUUGGCCUGGUUUUCUUUUCUUGAGGAGCACCAAGAACGGAUUUUAAAGGUCCUGAAGAAGAAUUCAACAUGCCAAGCUGAGGGCAGCAGACUGCAACAGGCCCUUGGCUUCAGUAUUUACCAAGGCUUUGUAUUUGCUUAUGAGAGUAUGCUCGCAUCACAGCUGGAGAACAAUGACACGUUGGACAGAGUGCUGUUGUACUGCCAAUCCACAGCUGGACAGAUGAUGACCGAACUGCGCAAGCUGUCUAGUGAUAGCCUCCUCAUCAAAGCAGUGAUUGCCGUCAGCAACUUAGUAUGUGGAUUGUACAACCGGCGCCUCUAUGAUCAGGCCUUCACACUUGUUGAGAUCCUCUGCAAGGAUCUAUGCAAGAAUUGUCCUGUCUCGUUGUCGGUUGACAGGUUGAACCGGCCGUUCAUGCUCGCUGUGCAGACGUCUCGGAGGGCUGGACAGCUGGAGCGAGCACUGGACUGGGUGAUCUUGUGGCUGAAGGCUCUGGGGGACAAAAUCACAUUACAAAUGGCUGAACCGAUCUCUUUGUGGGUGAAGACAAAGAUGGACGCAUCACGUAACUCUGAAGAGGACAUCCGACUCAGGACAUUACGUGAUGGUUUUGGUCCUGAUGUCCCUGAUGAAGGAGUAAUGCUUUGCAUUUUGGAUGAAGAACUGCGUGCCUAUAAGGACGUGGCAGGGGACACAGCCCAGGAGCGUUACAACACUCUUUGUGAUCUUUUAAGCAUCUGUCAUGAAGAAAGCUCCCACACCCACCUGCGUGCUAUCUACCUCUGUGAAAUGGCUCAAGUCGUGUGCUUCCAGGAUUUCAGUGAACAUACUGACUGCACAGCAGUUGAUUUUACUCAUGAAGCUUUACGGCUUCUGGAAGAAGAACCAGAGACUCAAGAAAAUGCAGACCGACUGAAGGAUGACAAAGCCCACGCUUUACUCUGGCUCUAUGUCUGUACUCUGGAGAACAAUCUUCACGAGGCCAUUGAGAGGGACAAAAAACUGCGAGAAGAGCGUGAGCAAACACGUUGUGUGGAAAAUCCCAUUGGGACCAACGAUUUUGAUUAUGAAGAUAAGCAGAAGACUCAGGACAACAUACUGGUUUAUGAAGGCCUACAUUUCAGCCUGGCUGCAGAGAACAAGUUGUGCAAACCUUUGGAAAGAGCGCUGGGUGAGUGGUCUGCUCUCCUGCAGAGUCAAGUCAAGCCCUCUGUGAGGAACCCCAAACAGACCUGUAGCUCUAUUGUUGUGACUGCAGCUCUCUUCAGACUCAUGGGAAAGCCUCUCAAAGCUUUGGAAGCUUACAAACUUGCUAUUGGACUUUCACGUCAACUUGCUGACAACCAAGGAUGUGCCAACUCCCUCUGUCAAUCCGCCAGCCUCCUCCUGGAUUUAGGCACCCCUGAUAUGGCUUUGGCCCAGCUAGAACAAGCAGAGAAAAUUCUAGCCUCAGAUACGACUGCUGAGGGACCUUCUUCUCUUUCCAUGCUGGCCAUUUUGUUGAAAGCUCAGUACUGCUACAGCACAGGACAGGUGGAUCGUGGUGUGCCAUAUCUGUGCAAGGUGCUUAAAGAGGUGAAUGAGCAGAGACAGUCAAAGAGCUGGUACCUGCUGCGUGCUCGGGCACUUCAGACAUGCAGCUCCUAUCUGAGUUUGGACACAGAUGAAAUGCCACAGGCCAAGCGGGGCUGCAUCACACAGCAUGGUAUAAAUAGCCCAGACACUGCUCUGUAUGAAAGCCUGAAACUUCUCUGCAGCCUGCUGGUCACUUUAGUGGGGAAAGGACUAUAUGGGACUAAUGGCAGCAGUUCAGACGUGCGCUUCAUUGACCAAGGAGAUAACCUUGUGCUGAAGUGGCAGCUGCUCUCAGAGCUGUUAAACUGCUCUAUGAAGAUGGUGACUGUGAGGAGCACCUGUGGGGCCAUCAAUGACGCCAGGCUCCAAUGCCUAGAAGCCCUUAAACUGGCCAUCAAGCUGCAGGCACUCAGCCAUUGUGCUGAGCUGCUGGUGAUGAAAGCUGAGUUGGAACUGAUGCAGGGGGAGAAAGAGGAAGGUGGAUUUGAUUUAGACAAAGUCAGGAACCUGCUUGAACUCUGCACAGAUUUUUCUGAUCAGAAGCAAAAGGCAGAGGUGAAAAUCAAACCAAGGAAAGGUCGGCCAGCACAAAAAUCUCAGUCUCCCUUACCUACUUGGAAGGAUGACUUUAAGGAUAUCCUGAGCACAAGGUGGAUUUCCAAAGAACCUGUAGUGAGGGAUCUAGACAGCUCCCCGCCUCUCAAAGUCCAGCCUCGCCGCUGGCUUUCCUCCCUGGUGCAUGAACCUAGCUGCCUGUGCCCUUGCUGCUCUGAGCCCUGUCUCGGUCGUGUUACAGCACGAUGGGCAGCUACACAGGCUGAUCUGGUUCUCCAGCUGGAUCCCGCUGAAGCCAAAGUUAGUUUGAAACUUCACUUGGCAACAUUAGACCGCUGUAAGAGCAUCACUGCCAAACUUGGGGAAAAAUUGGCUAAACUCUUCCCUCAUUGUGACCCUGCUAAAGGCUCCACUAAACCCUCCCUGAUGCAGGACGUAGUGGGCAGUGUGUACCUUCGCAUGGCCCUUUCUGGGUUGGAGCCCAGGCUUAACAAGGUCUGUGCUAUAUGGAAAGUACUUGAAGCUGGCUUAGCAUUCGUUGAUUCCAUGCCAUCUCCUGCACUAAGACCUGUGAGAGCAGGUCUAAUGGCAACCAAAGCCAUAGUGUCUUUGAUUACCCUGGCUGCCAAAAAGAACUGCAGCCCAGAGGAGCUUUUCUCAAAUGCUUGGACUUGGAAUGCACCAAAAGAAGAUAAAGAGCUGAAAUCAGAACAAAAAACGGUGCCUCCCACAUCCUCGCUGAAGAAGCCCAAAAACCUGCUUAUUCCUGACAAAACAAAAGACACAAAGAAGAUCAAAGUUGUCAAGCCAAAGAGCCAAGUUACAAGCUCCUCAACCAAAGGAAAGGGUCUGGUUCCAAUGACACCAGUAAUGGUGAAGUCCAAGCACUCUGCAAAGGAGCUGGGUUCUUUUGACUUCAACACAGUGGUACCAACUUUGGCCUGUACUCCUGUUCAAAAGGUGAAAGCCCCUGCUUCGGUGCAGAAGGCAUUUAGGACUGCCCCUAAGCUACAGUUUCAUGUGUAUGAAGAGUCGUCGCCAGUUCAAGACAAAGCCCAGCCUGUGCCUGCUGCCCCCAGGCGCACAAAGAAAUCCCGUUUUAAGGUGGAGUUUAGCGAUGAGAGUGACUCAGAAGCCAAUACCCAGGCGGACCACAAAACGGAUGUCACCAAAAAGCGGACAACUACGAGAAGAGGUGCUCAAAAGGGUAAAACGGACCCAGAUCCACCUGCUGACAAGGCCCCACCCAAGAGGCAGACUAGGAAGAAUAGCACUGCACUACCUCGAUUAAUCUCCUCUGAGGAUGAUGAAACUGUGGCCUGUCAGCCUGCCUCAGCAAGAAGAGGAAGAACCAGGAGGGAGCUGGCCAGAUCAGAGAAGGAGUCUGUGGAGGAGCCAGACAAAAUGAGGACCAUUGAGGAGGAAGCUAACGGUGUUCUGGACUUAAGCAUUGAGGAACUUAGGACAUCAGACACUGAGACAGACAACAAUCCUGCUUCAAGUCAAGAUAUGGAAAUAGAUUUUGAGGUGUUGCGGAGAGAUAUUUGUUGUGAUUUGGAAAGAGGCGACUUGUCUGAGCUGAGGAGCAGAGGUCAAUCGAGAGGCCCACAAACCCACCUUCCUCAUCCAGACACUAGGCCAGACAAUCUUUCUUUGGAGGGUGUUCAGUCUUUGCUCCGCUCAGCCUGGUUGGCCCUUCAGCACUUCCCCCCUCCCAACAUCUACCCGACCCUCUGUGCUCUACUGGCCUUAGCCACAGGACAGCAGGACCCCACAACUACAGCAAUGCUGCAUUCCCAGUCUUUGGGCAUCUCAAGUCGUCAUCGCACCAUCAGGCAUUUAGCCAGUUGUCUCAAAAAGCUGAAAAAGACGUCCAAUCAGUUAGCAGACAAGAUGGAUGCCCUGAACCUCGAUGAACUCAGUCCGACCUCUAAUGAACAGAGGUUGUCUCAGUUGGAAAACAUCUUUUCCUUUCCAACUGCUGACUCUUCAGCCUUUCCCCAGAACCACUGCCAGGAGUUUAUCCAACAAAUUCAGAACCUUCCUCAAGGUGUGACUGUGUGUGUGAUCUCAGUGCUUGGAGUAAAACCUCUGGAGAUGGGUGACGGCAUCUUGCUGUCGCGUCUUGAAAAGGGAUCUUCCCCUGUCACUGUUCAUAUCCCCACCUCCAAACAGCAGCACCCUAUUAGUUGGCUGGUCCAGGAGAUGGAUAAUAUUCAGGUGGAACAGAAGGUUGUGAGCUGCGUGUCUGAGAAAGCCAAGUGGUGGGAGGGCCGCAGAGCACUGGACUCUCGAGUUGAGCACCUGUUGAAAGAGAUGGAGGGAUUGUUGGGAUGUUGGAGGAGCUUUCUUCUACCCCUUUCAUCAGAUCCUAAGCUCUCCAGUCAGGCACAGUGCCUUUGCAAGGCCUUGUCUGCCAGAGGAGUGACAGCCAGUGAGGAGAUGCUGAAGGUGCUCCUGUCUGCAUCUCCUGUGCUCUCCCAAGAAAACCUUAAAAGAUUUGCUCUGGGAGUUUCUCCACAGUGGGAUCUGGAGUGUGACCAGCUUCUUCAUUCAGCUGUUUCCCAGGUCACAGACAGAGAGGAGCCCCACGGUCAUGUGGUCCUCAUUCUUGACAAGUACCUUCAAAAGCUGCCGUGGGAGAGUAUCUCCGUCUUAAGGUCUCGCUCUGUGAGCAGGAUGCCGUCUCUGCACUCACUAAUUGGACUGAGUAUUCAGAAAGAGACUGAACCUCAGUCCAUCCUGAAGCAUGGUGUGGAUAUAAAGAAGGUGUUUUAUGUGCUGGACCCUAAUGCCAAUUUAGAAAACUCGCAGGACCGAUUCAAGGAAAUGUUUAACAGUAAACUGGAUUGGGAGGGUGUAUGUGGAGUUGCUCCUGACUCGGGUCAACUGGAAGAAGCUGUUGCAACCAAGGAUCUAUACAUUUAUGUGGGUCAUGGUGCUGGCGCACGGUUCCUAGACAGCCAGGCGGUCCUGAAGCGGCAGAUGAGAGCAGCCUCACUGCUCUUUGGCUGCAGCAGUGCUGGUCUGGCAGUGCGUGGGGAUCAGGAAGGACAAGGCAUCAUCCUCAGUUACCUUAUAGCAGGCUGCCCCUUUGUUUUGGGAAACCUGUGGGAUGUGACAGAUCGGGAUAUUGAUCGCUUCACCAAAGCCUUGCUAGAAUCCUGGUUAUCCGCUGGGUCUGGAGCUCCCCUCCUGGAUUAUAUGGGCCCUUCGCGUCAGGCCACAUUCCUGAAACACCUCAUCGGAGCUGCACCUGUGGUCUAUGGCUUACCAAUCCACCUGCAGUAGUUAAGACUGAUGAUGAGAGAUGAAAAAAUCCUGUGUAGUCUCCAAAUUUUAUCGUUUCAGCACAGAAGCUGGAGGACAUGAAACGUCAAGUUUUUUUCCCCGCCAAAAUUUUGGUGAUUUUAAAGUACAGCGUUUUCCUUAUUUAAAAAAGUGUUUAAAUGUUUAAACCAAUGUUACUAU